AUGAAUGAUAAAUUUGCCCCAAAGGCAAGAAAAGUUGUGUUGCUUGGAUAUGCUAUUAGUCAAAAGGGAUAUAAGCUAUUGGAUAUUGAAUACAAAAUACAUUUUGUCAGCAGAGAUGUCAAGUUUCAUGAGGAUGUGUUCCCCUUUCAAACUUCAGGUUUAGGACAAGACAAAGAUCAAGGUGUUUCAUUGUCUCAUUCACGUAUGGAAGAUUGUGAGCUUACACCUUGUGUUGUAUUCAGAAAUACAGUGGAUGGCCCUGCAACUGUAACUCAACAUGCUGUUGUCACCGACUCUUCUUGUCACGGUUCAGCCAUUGAAUCUCAAGAUCAGGUACCCUUGGUUUCUUCUCCUGAACCAAGCAUUUUAACAACUCAGUUACCUGUUGCUACCAGAAGAUCCAAUAGACUUGCAAAGCCCCUAAUCUGGCAUACAAAUUACAUUCUAUCAAAGAACAAAGCUGCAGGUUAUUGCUCCUAUCCUAUUACAUAUGUGCUGGACUACCAAAGCAUCACAUCUGCCUACAGAAGUUUUGUCACCAAAUUUUCACAAGAGAAGGAACAUGCUUCUUAUCAUGAGGCUAUACAAGAUCCUAGAUGGAUUACAGCUAUGCAAAGUGAGAUACAAACAUUAGAAGACAAUCAUACAUGGGAGAUUACUACCCUACCUAAGGAUAAGAGGGUAAUAGGGUGCAAAUGA